AUGAAGUUGGGAGUUGAAAGCGUCAACUGUAUAGACACUACAAUGGAAUCACCUAACGGUACGUAUGUCACUGUAAAUUUUCACUACAACGAAAUGUUUGCACCAAACCCGUUAGUGUACUUAGGUCCUAUGAGAAUUACUCAUGAAAGAUUGGCAGAGGGUAUUAGAAUAAUCGACAAUGAUGCUGAUUAUUUUGAGUUUAUUGAUGAUGGUUACAUGGCUAAGAACGAGCUAAGAAUGAAUGUCUACAUUGACCACCAAAACGAACCUAUUCUUGAUUGA